CCACCACGUUGUGAUUGGUCCGCAGGAACGUCUUGGAGCGCGCGCGGGAGCGAGCUUUGAAAGUUGACCACCGUGGUGGCUAGCCGGUUCUUGGGAGAUAAUGGUGGCGCUGCCGGGCCUUGGGAGUGGCCUGCAGCCCUGGUGCCCGUUGGAUCUCAGCCCUGAAUGGGUGGACACAGUGUGGGAACUGGAUUUUACAGAGACCGAACCUUUGGAUCCCAGCAUAGAAGCAGAAAUCAUAGAGUCUGGAUUGAAUGCAUUUAUAAAACUAUAUGAAAGUGUUUUUCCCUUUGCUACUGAAGAACAUGGAUCUACAGAGAGCAUAUGGGCCUUCUUCAUUGAAAACAGUAUUUCUCACAGGGCACUGGUGGCAUUGUUCUAUCACUUUGUUCAAACAGUCCAUAAGAAAAGUGUCAGUGUGCAAUAUCGACAGUAUGGCCUUCAUGCUGCUGGGCUUUAUUUUCUGCUGCUGGAAGUACCAGGCAGUGUAGCCAAUCAAGUAUUCCACCAGGUGAUGUUUGACAAAUGUAUUCAGAUUCUAAAGAAGAGUUGGCCUCAGGAAUCUAACUUGAAUCGGAAAAGAAAGAAAGAACAGCCUAAGAACACUGAGGCUAAUCCAAGAGGAAAUAGGAAAAGAGGAAAGCCACCCAGGAAAGAAGAUAUUGAGGUGGAUGAACUAGAAGAACAGGAAGAUGAGGAAAGUAUUUGCUUUUCUGCCCGAGACCUUUGUCAAAUUCGAAAUGCCAUCUUUCACCUGUUGAAGAAUUUUUUACGGCUUCUGUCCAAGUUUUCCCUGAAAGAAAAGCCACAGUGUAUACAGAAUUGUAUAGAAGUCUUUGUUGCAUUAACUAAUUUUGAACCAGUUCUUCAUGAAUUUCAUGUUACACAGGCCAGAAGCCUUAACCAAGCAAAGUACAUACCAGAACUGGCCUAUCAUGGAUUGUAUUUGCUAUGCUCCCCAAUUCAUGGAGAGGGAGAUAAGGUUAUAGGUUGUGUUUUCCAUCAAAUGCUAAAUGUGAUAUUAAUGGUAGAAGCAGGCGAAGGAGCCCAUCGUGCUCCCCUUACUGUUACAUCACCAGUGAUCAACAGUAGAAACCAGGCAGUGCAGUUCAUCAGGUGAAGCACACACAGCUUG